AGACUCGGCACACCACUUCUGAAAGGUUGCCGACCCCUGGUUUAUAAGGUGCUGGAGGGUGCUAGAGAAGUUCAGAAAGCUUCAUGGAGUGUAGCUCUGUGCAGGUCUUGCCUUGAAAUGUGGGGGGUCUUGCAGAAGAUGGGCAGUCAUGUAGACACAGUGGUGUUCUAACCUCAUUGCUUGCAUUUAUUUGCUAUGUUGACUUAACAUUACUGUAAUGGACUUUAUACGUGAACAGACAAAAUGGUGCCCGCUUUUGAGAGAGUGCAGAGCUAGUGAAGUUACUGCAUGUGUUGUUAAAUAGGGAUGUGCACAGCUGAGGGGACUUUCCUUUGUUGGGAGCAGCAUCCCGUUUAUCUCCUGUUUAUAAACCAGUUACUCUUGGCUUGGUCCUCACUCUCAGGCUGACAGCUGUUUGCAGCCUUCGUCCCUCAGAGGAGUGCAUUAAACCUGAGCAUUGCAGGAAUUGCCUACCUGAUUUUCCAGAUAGCAGGACAAAACUGCAAAACUGAGUAUUGCUCACAUCAAGUUGCUCCAGACAAUUAGAAUGGGGGCAAAAGUAGAAAAGCAGAAUCUGAAUAUCUUUAUACUACAUCAGAGCAGCCGUCCUACAGCAGCUAUAGCAUAGGUUGGCAAUACCACUUCCAUUCUCCUUAUCCUGAUGCUGUUAUGGCUCCCCUCACCAGAGAAUCUGAUUCUAACCCCAUGUUUCCACACUCCCCCAGACUGGAAUUUUCCAGGCAUGGUUUGUCCGAAGGUGAAUGAGCAGGUGCAAACAAACUGUAAAGAGAUUGACUGCCUCUUGAUCUUGAAAUCGUUUGGACUUUGAAAUGGCAAGCUUAGUUUGCAAAGAGCCCACAUUCAAAAGAACUUAGUUUGCUUAGUUUGGGGGGGCAAAAACUGCAGAACAAGCACAUGUAACAAGCUCAGCUACUCAAAAGCUGGCAAAGCUUACAAGUUUUUGAGCAAGGUAGAGGAGCUUGUGAAGGCAGCACGCUUGGCCUAAGUCUUCUGUUGCUCCACAGGGUCACCAGUUGUGGAACAGGAAAGUGAAAUCCCUGCUGCUGCAGCCUGUGGAACAUUGUACGAUGUUGUGAAGAACUACACUGCAGACUACGAUAAGACCCUGAUCUUCAAUAAAAUUCACCAUGAGCUGAAUCAGUUCUGCAGUGCACAUACCCUCCAGGAAGUGUACAUUGAGCUGUUUGAUCAGAUUGAUGAGAAUCUGAAGCUGGCCCUGCAAAAAGAGCUGAAUGUCAUGGCGCCAGGUCUCACCAUCCAGGCUGUGCGUGUUACAAAGCCCAAAAUCCCAGAAGCCAUCCGAAGAAACUUCGAACUAAUGGAGGCUGAAAAGACCAAACUGCUCGUAGUAGCACAGAAGCAAAAGGUUGUGGAGAAGGAGGCGGAGACGGAGAGGAAGAAGGCUCUCAUAGAAGCUGAGAAGGCGGCUGAGGUGGCCAAGAUUCAUUAUCGACAGAAACUUAUGGAGAAGGAAACAGAGAAGAGAAUUUCUGAGAUUGAAGAUGCUGUUUUGCUAGCAAGAGAGAGAACAAAAGCUGAUGCAGAAUAUUACACGGCUCGGAAAAUGGCUGACUCUAACAAGCUGAAACUCACGCCAGCAUAUCUGGAGCUGAAGAAGUAUCAGGCCAUCGCUGCCAACAGCAAGCUGUAUUUUGGUAACAGCAUCCCCAGCAUGUUUUGUGAUUCCUGCACCUUCAAACAUGUGGCUGUGAGGACCGUGCCAGAAGCCAGCCUCCUUUCAAAGGAGGAUCCUGCACUCUCAGGGGAAAGCCACCUCAAAAAACCAGAGAGCACAGGCUGAUGCAAGAGGUGGAAAAGCUUCAGCAAGCUCUGGAAGAAGGGGCUGCAUCAUGCAGACCAGUGUCCUUCCCUAGUGUGCUACAGGGGCGCAGCCUGCCCUCUGCCAUGCCCCAGUGGGGCGGACACAGCACACACAGCCUCUUUCUACACAGAUGUGACAAUUGGGUUGAUUUCUUUAAGCAACAACUGUGUUGAGAGCUCUGCCUUUCCCUUUUCUCACUCCCUGUUUGAGCUGGUGCUUCCGAAUGAGGGACAAUCCUGUACUUAAACCUGCCUAUACUGGAAUAUUAAAGGACAGAAGCCAGGGAGCCUUCUGCAGGAGGUGCAGUUCUUUAGAAGGCCUGUGUUCUGCAUUACCCUUGUGGCAGGAGGUUUGGCCUAGGGGUCCUCAAGGGUGCUGGGCGAGUGGGAUGGAAAGCCUGGUCAUUUUGCUACCUGCACCCUGAGGCUGGACUGACUCAUUAACCUCCCUCAUACUGCUCUUAGGCCUGUUGCUCAUCUAGAUGUAAACUUAAUUUCUGUUUGUAAAAUGCUACUGACUUUUGUCUGGUUCAAGCCUCACCAUACACACCUGCUCAGCUCCUUAGAUGCCAGAGGCUAGAGGCCUAGCUAGGAUAGGUUUGGUGACAAGUAGAUUUUUUUUUUUUUU